UUAGGCUUCCAAAUUCAGAGUCCUGCUGGUCCUCUGGUGGCCCAGCUAGGGGGUUCUGUUCUUCUACCCUGUUCUGUUGAAACCCCCUUGCCUCUGGAGGAGCUGGAGGUGGAGUGGAGAAGGACAGACUCAGAGUCACUGGUGCACCUGUUCCAAGAGGGAGAAGUUAGACCAGAAUCACAGAACUAUACCUACAGGGGAAGAGCCCACUUCUUCACGGUGGACAUGUCCAAAGGAAACUACUCCCUACUUCUCAACAAUGUGUCACGAGAAGAUGCUGGAAUUUACAGUUGCAAAGUUUACACUGAAAAUGAGGCACACAAAAUUACUGUUGACCUUGAAGGGGUUGAAUACCUGGUAGUGACCGGAGCAGGUGUUGUUUCUGCCUCUAUGGGUGAAGCGGUUGUCCUUAACUGCUCUGUGGAUUCCCAUAUCCCACCUGAGGAACUGAUAGAGGUCAGUUGGAGGAGGACAGACCAGGGGAUGUUAGUGCUGCUUUACCAACAUGGUGAGGUCCUACCAGACUCCUCACAUGAGAGAUAUCGAGGCAGAGCAGAGUUCUUCACCACAGAAAUCCCCAAAGGCAACUUCUCACUGCGACUGAAGGAUGUCAGAACUGAGGACGAAGGGGAGUACAUCUGUGAAGCCCGCAGCAGCAAUCUUAUUGGCAAAAGCACUGUAAAAAUAGACAAACUGCAAAUGGGUCUCUCCUCUCUGCAUUACCUAGUACUUAUGUGCUGUGCUGCAUCCUUUGUGAUAAGCAGUGUAGCUGUUGUCCAUUUCAUGAGCAGAGGGAGAAAUGUAUUGGCUGUGCAUUUCUUGCUGGUUUUUAGUCCAAACGUACUGUUAUUCAGUGGAUUCAUCUUGUGGGGAUUGGCUGAGGGGUUGUUUAGUGAAGCAGCUGCCUGCUCGGUUGUCAAUCUCACACGGAUCCUCUUCUUGCUUGUCACUACUCCAUAUCUUGGUGCAGUUCAUGGUUCUUUCCGAAAACUGAUCAGAGUUGUGAGUGUCACUGUUGAACACACAGUCAUUGCUGUGGUUGUAUAUUCAGAUGCCUACAAUAAAAGGCUAAAAUGGAGCUCUCAUAUCAUGGAUGGACCGUUUCACAUACGACUGUAUGUCUUUUUUGGAUCAACAAUUUUCUUCAGUCUGUGUGCAAUCUAUACAGAAAUAGAAUCAGUGUAUCAGUUACCAUGCAUGCUUCCCAGGUCUGAACCAGGGCCCAAUUCUCAACUGGAACCGUCAAAACAAGUCUGGACAUUUACACUUCUAGAGAUGAGCAGCAUUGCUCAGAUGUUGUUUCUCUCUCUUAAAACUAAAAGAUACGCCCAUGACAUUAGGCAAAUACGUAUUUGGAUUGCUCCACUUCUGCCAUUAAUUGUAAUACUGAUCCGUAGACUGGUGAGGAAGAGGCCACGAUGGUGGGGCCGCUUUUGCUGGACAGCAACCAUGGCCAUUUGGAUGCCUUUUUAUUUUGUAAUAACCAUUUAUAUCCUGGGUCAUGUCCAGAAUGCAAUUGAAGAAAUACCACAAACCAUUCUAUUUAUGUUUGGGGCUGCAGGACUAAGUAUUGUAAAUUCUAUUGGUUUGGCAACCAAAUUGUUCCUGACAUCAGGAGGUGGCCAUCAAAAUGUACCUGAUCUUAGAUUCAUCACCCUUCCAUCCGAAUGUGUCUUUGUGUUUGGAUGGUUUACAUUGCAGAUACAUGAUUACUGGACACACAAACACAGGACUGAGAGCAACUUAGAGAUGCACAGAGACCUCGUAUUACAGGACACAGCUGACACUCAUGAGAUGCAUGUCAUGGCCAGACCAGAUUUACACACUUCAGACCCCUGUUUGAUGACAACUGUCUCAGAGCAGAAAAUAUACCACCUGUAAAUGUUGAGAGCAUGUAUGUUUGCAUACUCCAUUAAUCUGUAUCUUUGUAAUCCUGGUAUCUGGUCUUGUGGACAUGUUGUGCAGGUUUCUGUUUGCCCAAAGCCUAACAGUUUAGAUUAAAAGAGACAGUCUUUCAUUUGGUUUUGCACUUCCAGAUUGACUCAGACAUUGUACAAUGUUGGAGACUUUUGGAAACGUUUAUUUGGAAUUAUUGUCCACUUGAAUCGUCUAAUGAACUUUGAAACAAGUUGUUGUCUUGUAUUACAGGAUUAACAGAAACAAUUCCAUUUACUGAGAGCCAUACUGUAUGUGGAUAUAAGGGAUAUGAGGGCCAUGAAGAGGAUGAAAAUCAACCAAAUGUUCACCUGUAAAUCUGCAUAUAUUUACAUUCUGGUCCAGACUACUAGCCAUUUUACAGAGAGUUUCUGGUUAUUCACUGAAAAAAAGGAACUUUUACCAAUCAGUUGCACCACAAAAGGAGAACUGAACUGAAAAAAAGGAACUCUGAUUGCUGAAUUAGAAAUUGCUUUCAUUUUAGUAAAACACUGUACAGUCAAGUGACUUUAAUAUCUGAUACGAAAAAUGUAAUGAAAUGUAUGUUGAAAAAUGUAUAAUGACAUAAGCAAACUGAGAAUAAUUGUACAUGCAAACACAAUGAUGUAUUUCAAAUGAGACAUCACAUGCAAACA